AUGGGGACCAUGGUGCUGUCACUGUCCUUGCUAGCUGUGGCUCUCCUGUGCCCAGCCACUGCCACACUGCGUGUUGGUGCCUUCAACAUCCAGGCGUUCGGUGACACCAAGAUGUCCAACAAGGAAGUGGUGGACAUCAUCGUCAGCAUCCUGCGCCGCUACGACGUGGUGCUGGUGCAGGAGGUGCGCGACUCCGACCUCAGCGCUGUCACCGAGCUCAUGGAGCAGCUCAACAGCAUGUCCACGUCACCAUAUGACUAUGAGAUCAGUGGCCCCCUGGGACGGGAAAACUACAAGGAGAUGUACCUCUUCAUCUACAGGACAGAUGUCGUAUCUGUGGUGGACACCUACCAAUAUGAGGACCCCCAGGAUGUCUUCAGCCGGGAGCCAUUCAUCCUGAGGGUCUCGGCACCACACACCAAGGUGGGGGAGUUUGUGCUGGUGCCGCUGCACUCAGCCCCGCACAAUGCUGUCGCCGAGAUUGAUGGGCUUUACGAUGUCUACCUGGCCAUCAUCAGCAAGUGGGGGACCGACAACAUCAUGUUCCUGGGGGACUUCAAUGCUGACUGCGCCUACAUCCAGCCAAGUGACUGGUCAGCCAUCCGCCUGCGCACCAGUGACAUCUUCAAGUGGCUGCUCCCCGACGGCACCGACACCACCGUGGGGAAGUCAGACUGUGCCUAUGACAGGAUCGUGGUGUGUGGCACCAAGCUGAAGAGAAGCAUCGUGCCAAAUUCAGCUGCUGUCUACAACUUCCAGCGCGCUUUCCAGCUGGAGCAGGAGGAGGCUCUGGCAGUCAGUGACCACUACCCAGUUGAGGUGAAGCUGAUGGCUUGA